AUGGUGCAAGCUCCACAAAGUGUUGUUCUGCGUCGAGAGGCGCAAAUUUCACCAUGGUUAGCCAUGGGUAGGGUGGACGUAUUGCGAGAUCUCCGCUCGGGAUUGAUCUGGGGGAGAUUCGGCGCAUUACGAGUCGCUCGUGAACGAUGUGGUCGUCGAGAGCUUGCCGCAGACCAAUUCCUAGUGCUGCGGAAAUUAGCAUCAUGUGAGAGGCUUGCUAAUCUUGCUGUGUCAUGGGCGAUCCUUUUACGAGUAGAUCCCUGGGGGUUGCGGUCUUCAACUUCUCGUUCCCUGUUUCGACCAGUUAUGCGUCGAGGACCGAUUUCCGCCAGGAAUCGCAUGGUGUCAUUAUCCGUGGUGGGAGUGCGUCCAGCAGUAGUUGUGCGGGUCGUCCUUUCAAUAGAUGAUUUUGGGGUGAGUCCCUUCCAUGGUUUCUGUGAUGAGCGUCUUCAAUCCUUCCUUGUGCUUAGGGACAAUUCCCGCUACAUGCCCACUAAUAAAAUCUGCUCCGGAAGUGAAAUCCUUCUGGUCCUUGAGCUUCUUGGGCAGCUUCUCCGUCCUCUCGUCCAGACGUAG